AUGGUGCGAUUGACGACGGCGCUGCGAAGGAUCGACGACGCGAAGUCGCGCGACGGUGGCGGCGCGUGGCGCGUCUGCGAAGCCACGGGCGCGCGCGUGCGCGCGCCGAGGGCGAAGACGCCGUGGGGAUGCGUGCACUUCGUCGGCGGCGCGGUGCUGGGAAGCUUUCCGGACGUCGCGUACGACGCGUGGCUCUCGGCGUGCGCGGACGACGUCGGGCUCGUCGUCGUGGCGACGCCGUACGAGUUGGAUUUGGAUCACGAAAAGUGCGCGAUGGCGGUGAAGAAGACGUACGAUGAGGCGAGAAGGCUGGCGUGCGCGAAGGAAGGGAUGGACGCGUCGCGCGCGCCGACGUUUCGAGUGGGGCACUCGUUGGGAUGUAAGCUGUUGUGUCUCGUCGCGAGCGCGGAGGACGCGAACGAACGCGAAGGGAACGGAGAGGCGGGGGAUGGGACGAUCGAUAUGGACGUCGACGCGACGAGUGGAACGGCGGUAGCGGUGAGCGGGACGACGAGGGGGGGAGUUGGGAACGUGGCGGGUCAUUUUCUCGUCGCGUUUAAUAACGCCGACGCGACUGAUUCGGUUAAGCUCGUGGAAAAGUUUGCGCGAGAGUUGCUGAAGAAACGCGCCGGUGCCGCGAGCGGAGCGUCGGAGGAGUUUUUCAAGACGCUUCCGAAUCUCGCGGCGUUCGCCGAGCGCGCGGCCAAGGCGGCGGGGUUGGAAUUUAAGCCGACGCCCGCGCAGACGCUCGAGCGAUGUCGAACGCGCUUCGCGUCGAAACGCGUUCGGUUGAUCAAAUUUAAGGAUGAUGAUUUAGACCAAAACGACGAGCUUUUGGAAGUUUUGCGAGAACGCAUGAAAGUCUAUCCCGGGCGCGUGGACGCGCGUGAGCUGGACUUCGGUAAUCAUCUGACGCCCGUGUACUUUAGCACGGACGGGUUGAAGCUCACCCCAGCGCUGGAGAAGCUCGUCGGUCAAUUCGCGCUCGGCGAUGCGGAGGGUGUGCGUAAGCUCUCCGCAGAGUUCGCCGCGUUCAUCCGCGACGCGUCAUCGUGA